AACAAUUUCAUAUAAAAGACAAAUUCCCCGUCGUAUCGGCAUCAAUACCUCCUCAUCUAUUCAGACUAUCUCACAUCAAAGAAAACAAGUCACCAUGUUCAAAUUCCUUGUGCUUUCUGUUAUCUUCGCAUUGACCGUGGCCGAACAACUACAACACUAUGUCUCCCCAGAAGCGGGAGCGGAAAUAAAGAGUUACGCCAGCGAUGCUCACCCAGACGGAUCUUAUCAAUACGCUUACGAAACAUCUAAUGGAAUAUCUGUUCAAGAACAAGGUGUUGGCUCACACCAGGCCAGUGGAGGGUUCGCCUACAUAUCACCAGAAGGGCACCCAAUUCAAAUUAAAUACACUGCUGAUGAGCACGGAUUCCAUCCUGAUGGCGCCCACUUGCCAGUCCCACCACCAAUUCCAGACUACAUCUUACGAUCGCUGGAAUGGAAUGCUGCCCAUCCAGAGGAAGAACAUGAAUAUAUCGCCGGACCACAUGCUACAGGCCCCCAUGGUGUAUAUAAACACUAAAACAACUUUUCCUCUAGUAUUCUAGAAAAAAUUUUAUUGUGAUUUUUAUUUAGUUUUUUAGGAAUUUUGUAUUAAAUAAACUUCUGAACUGAU